UCUCAGUACGUCGUUGUCAGUCGUAAAACCACCGAAUUGUGUAAGCCACUUAAAAUGCGCCGUACGUCGUUCUCCGUUAUUCUACUGUGCAUUCUCAAGUGUGGGUUUGUGCUUGCGAUAUGCACUGUGAGCAAGCACGAAGGAGGAUCAGCCCAUCGUUUGCAAUGCUUUAACGUUACUCUGCAAACGAUUUUGGAACAAACGACGAACGUAUCCUCUCUAUUGGUCUUUGACUCAAAUUUCCGAUACAUCACAGAACGAGCUUUUAUCAAAUACGCCAAACAUUUGCUGUUCUUGAACAUCUACAAUUGUCACGUAUACGACAUUCACGCUGAUGCGUUCGACAGCCUAGCUAGUUUGAGGAAACUCAGUCUACCUAGCAAUAAUAUCACAGAAGUGAAAGAGGCGUGGUUUAAGGAUCUGGUAUACUUGGAACAAUUAGACCUGUCGUUCAAUCGAAUCGAGAAAAUCGCGCCAGCAAUCUUUAGCAGAAUACCAUUACUCAAACGAUUCGAUAUCAGAGAGAAUCGCAUAACUUGCUUGGAUCCUUCAGCAUUUCCGGGUGGUAUCGACAAAAUUUAUUUCCACGGAAACCCCCUGGCUCUCUCAUGUCGAGGAGAGCUAACUCUGUGGAUGCGGGACCACGGGGUGAACUACAAGACCGAACGGAGUAAGAAGGAAGAGUGGUUGGAUAAGCUUCUUUGGCUCUGCGCCAUGGACGAUGCGAGCGUGGUCAAAUCAGAAGACUCGAUGAAAGAAUGCGUUAUCCUAAAUUUAUUCAAUCAGCUUCGUACAGGUCUGAGUACCGCGCAAUCGUAUCCCUUGCCCGUGGACUGUCCUGUUGAGAGCAAUUUUUUGAUGGCCUGUUUAGACACGGGGGCCACUAAUGGAAAAGUAAUCAAGAAUUUGCUCCUCUAUAUCCAUAAAACCAUGUCAUAUCGUUAAAGAGAAAUUGCACGAUUGUAUAACCGAUCAAGUUAAAUUGUAAUGUCUCGUGUUAAGAGCUUGUUUACGAAUAAAAAUCGAUGAUAGUUAAAAAA